AUGUUUGCGAAAAGUCUUCUAACGCUCGGCUUGGCCCUCGCGGCUCAGGCGGUCGAGAUCACCGUCAAGUCGACUGGAGGAAAUGCUACAUCACCUCUUCAAUAUGGGAUCAUGUUCGAAGACAUCAACAACUCUGGAGAUGGCGGCGUGUACGCCGAGCUUGUUCAGAAUCGAGCAUUCCAGGGCAGCGGUAUCUGGCCAAGCAACCUGACUUUUUGGUCUGCGCUUGGCGGUGCCCAGCUAUCCCUGCUGAACCUCUCGACGCCACUAUCGUCGGCUCUGCCAGCUUCGAUGCAGGUUACUGGAACCGGGAAUGGUAUCGGCUUCUCCAAUGCUGGCUUCUGGGGCUUCCCGGUCGUCUCGAACUGGACCUAUAAAGGCUCCUUCUAUGUCCAUGGUGACUACAACGGCAACAUCAGCGUCAAUCUUCAGUCCUUGGAGAAGAAGUCUUGGGCAGAGGCGUCGAUCGAGGUGUCGUCCAGCUCUGGGCAGUGGACACAGUACCACUAUACGCUACAGCCAGGUCAGGAUGCUCCGAAUUCGAACAAUACCUUGGACUUUACCUGGGACUCCACUUCUGGAUGUGCUCUUGACUUCAACUUGAUCAGCCUAUUCCCCCCGACGUACAACGACCGGGAGAAUGGAUUGCGGAUUGAUCUUAUGGAAGCGAUGGCUGGCUUGAAGCCGUCGUUCUUCCGAGCUCCGGGAGGCAACAACGUGGAGGGUCUCCAGUCACCGUAUUGGUGGAACUGGACGAACACUAUCGGUCCACUGACAGACCGACCUGGAUAUCCCGAUACCUGGAGCUAUGAGAUCACCGAUGGACUCGGCUUGAUAGAGUACAUGCUGUGGGCACAGGAUCUCGGCAUGGAAAUUGUUCUUGCAGUAUGGGCAGGCCUCUGGCUCGACAAGGAAGUCGUCCCAGAAGAUCAGCUCCAGCCGUACGUGCAGUCCGCACUGGAUGAGAUCGAAUUCCUCCGAGGCGACGCUUCAUCGCCUUGGGGCAGUGUUCGUGCCAGUCUCGGAUACCCGGAGCCGUUCUCUGUCAAGUAUGUCGAAGUCGGCAAUGAAGACAGCUUGAACGAAGGAGACAAGAGUUACCGGGAGUACAGGUUCAAGAUGUUCAAUGAUGCCAUUAGCGCAGCUUACCCAGACAUCAAAGUUAUCUCCAGCUUUUACGAUGUCGAUGACUAUCAUCAGUACGCCCUCCCCAUCGAGAUGUCGUCUGAGUUCGGCAAAUUCGACAACUAUACCUCAGAUCAUCCGAUCCUCAUUGGCGAGUAUGCCAUUGUCGAAUACGACGGCUUUAACAGAACUGAGGUGACCUGGGAGAAAGGCGCCCCACGAGCCUUCACACCUUUCUGGUAUGGCACAGUCGCAGAAGCCAUCUUCGUUCUCGGAGCCGAGCGCAAUUCAGACAAGAUGAUCGGAGCAGCGUACGCGCCGAUGCUGCAGAACCUGAACAGAUGGGAGUGGAUUCCAAAUCUCAUCUCGUAUGAUGCGAACCCAGCACACACCACGCUCUCCACGAGCUACCACAUGAUCAGCCUGUUCUCCAGCAAUCGGAUCACGGAGAAUCUGCCCAUGGAAGGUGCCGAGUUUGGUCCAGCGUACUAUGUUGCUGGCCGUAGCAACGUGACGGGCUCGCAUAUCCUCAAGGCAGCUGUUUACAACAGCACUGGGGAUGUUCCAUUCAAUGUCGUCUUCGAAGGGGUCGGAGCUGGCUCGACCGCGACAUUGACAUACCUGACCGCGCCGAUGAAUGCCAGUCAGCCAAUUGGUGGGAAUAUUGUCGAGACACACACGUCCCAGGUGGAUGCAGAUGCCAAUGGCGCAUUCUGCUUCAGCUUGCCGGAGUACUCGGUCGCUGUACUGGAUGUUGCCGGAAGUGAUUGCUAG